AUGGGAAAGAAGGUGUUUGGUGAAGAGGAAUUGGGUAACAAUGUCUCUUCCUCUCCCACCAAUUUUCCUGAUCCAGCAGUUUCGAAUGGGAAUGGCAAAGAGAAGCAGUUUUUCUCCUCCGACGCCAUUAUCAACCUUAACCAAGGAGAUCCAACGAUGUUCGAGGCAUACUGGAAGGAGGAGGAGAAGAGUAAGAUAGUGAUAGAGGGAUGGCAGCGUAUGAGUUACUACUCCGAAGACUUCGCCGGAAAAGGCAUCAACGACAACCACAUCUGCUGGUUCAUGUUGGCGGAAUUUGAGAAAGAGGUUCGUCGGAUCCACCACUUUGUUGGGAACGCCGUCACCGCAGAUCGUUAUAUUGUCGUGGGCAGCGGUUCCAUGCAACUCUUUCAGGCUGCACUUUACGCUUACGCUCUCUCUUUUCCCAUCGAUGCACCCGAUUCACCACACCCCAUUAGCGUAGUCUGCGCCGCUCCUUACUACUCGUCAUAUCCAGCAGUGACAGACUACUUGAAGUCAGGGCUUUACAAAUGGGCAGGAGACGCACAUAGCUUCAAGGGUAAAAGCAAAGAACCAUACAUAGAGGUCAUCACUUCCCCAAACAACCCAGAUGGGUUUACAAGGGAAGCCGUGGUCUCCAAUCGUCACGGUGACGGAGCAGGAAAAGGGUUGCUCAUCUACGACCUCGCUUACUAUUGGCCUCAAUACACCGCAAUCACUGCUCCAUUCGACCAUGAUAUCAUGCUCUUCACCUUUUCCAAAUCCACUGGUCAUGCAGGUUCUCGUAUAGGGUGGGCUGUGGUAAAGGAUAGAGAGAUAGCUAUGAAGAUGAUCAAAUUUUUGGAGCUCAACACUAUUGGGGUUUCCAAGGAUUCACAACUUAGAGCUGCCAAGAUCUUCAAAACAAUAACUGAUAACUUGGGGAAUGAAAACUUCUUUAAGUAUGGAAGAAGCAUCAUGGCUGAAAGAUGGACACGUUUUAGAAAUGUUAUUAAAGAGAAUGGCAUUUUCAGUCUACCUGAGUAUCCCAAACAAUUCUGCAACUUUACAGGAGAAACCACUGAAGGAUAUCCCGGUUUUGCAUGGUUGAAAGUAAAGGAGGAGAUGGAGAUAGAUGAUGGUGAGAGCUUGCUAAAGAAACAUAAUAUCCUGACAAGGGGUGGGAAGUAUUUUGGAAUGGAUUCACGAUAUGUGAGGGUGAGCAUGCUUGAUCGUGAAGAAACAUUUAAUCUCUUCCUCGAGAGGCUAUCCGCCAUUAAUUCAUCUAAGAAAUAAAGGACUG